GGUCUAAGCCUUGCUCCGGACACUCGCGGGUCCGCGCCGUGGGAGCCCACGUUGCUCCGAGGGACCUGCCGGCGCAGCGACGGACGGCCUGCCGAGGGCGUGGCGCGCCGUCGCCGCAGAGCUGCCGCGACAGGUGCGGGCUCGGGGAUCGGCGGCGCCGUCGGGUCCCCGCCGUCGGGGCGUCGCGCCGGGGUCCGUGGUUGCGCCUCCGCCGAGCGUCUGAGAUGGCCGUGCGUCCCGGGCCGCUCUGGCUGCUGGGCCUGGCGCUGUGCGCCCUGGGCGGCGGCCACCUCCCGCGGCCCCCGCACACCUGUCCCCAGCGUCGCCUGGGAGCGCGCGAGCGCCGCGACAUGCAGCGCGAGAUCCUGGCGGUGCUCGGGCUGCCGGGGCGGCCCCGGCCGCGGGCGCCACCCGCCGCCUCCGGGCAGGCAGCCUCCGCGCCCCUCUUCAUGCUGGACCUGUACCACGCCAUGGCCGAUGACGACGACGGCUGGCCACCGCAGCCUCACUUGGGCCGCGCGGACCUGGUCAUGAGCUUCGUCAACAUGGUGGAGCGUGACCGUACCUUAGGCUACCAGGAGCCACACUGGAAGGAAUUCCAUUUUGACCUAAGCCAGAUCCCUGCCGGGGAGACUGUCACGGCUGCUGAGUUCAGGAUAUAUAAAGAGCCCAGCCCCCACCCGCUCAACACAACCCUCCACGUCAGCAUGUUCGAGGUGGUCCAGGAGCACUCCAACAGGGAGUCUGACUUGUUCUUUUUGGAUCUUCAGACGCUCCGAUCUGGGGACGAGGGCUGGCUGGUGCUGGACAUCACGGCAGCCAGUGACCGCUGGUUGCUGAACCAUAACAAGGACCUGGGACUCCGCCUCUACGUGGAAACCGAGGAAGGGCACAGCUUGGAUCCUGGCCUGGCUGGUCUGCUGGGACAGCAAGCACCACGCUCCAGACAGCCUUUCAUGGUCACCUUCUUCAGGGCGAGCCUGAGCCCUGUGCGGGCCCCUCGGGCAGUGAGGCCACUGAAGAGGAGGCAGCCGAAGAAAACAAACGAGCUUCCGCACCCCAACAAACUCCCAGGGAUCUUUGAUGAUGGCCACGGUUCCCGAGGCAGAGAUGUUUGCCGCAGGCAUGAGCUCUACGUCAGCUUCCGGGACCUCGGCUGGCUGGACUGGGUCAUUGCCCCCCAGGGCUACUCAGCCUAUUACUGCGAGGGGGAGUGUGCCUUUCCGCUGGACUCCUGCAUGAACGCCACCAACCAUGCCAUCUUGCAGUCCCUGGUGCACCUGAUGAAACCCGACGUCGUCCCCAAAGCGUGCUGCGCGCCCACCAAACUGAGUGCCACCUCCGUGCUCUACUAUGACAGCAGCAACAAUGUCAUCCUGCGAAAGCACCGCAACAUGGUGGUUAAGGCCUGUGGCUGCCACUGAGCGCCGACCAGCAGCCCUUCUGCGACCUUACUCAUCGGCUCAGGCCCCCUCCAGAGGCAGGAAAACCUCAUAUGUCAUCAGAGCUCAGACAGGGCCAAUGGGAGGCCCUCACUUCCCCUGGCUACUUCCUGCUGAAAUUUUGGUCCUUUCCCAGCUCUUUUUUUUUCCCCCUUCUUGGGGCCUGGGGCCGAUUGCCCUCCCCUCUCAGUCCCCCUACCCCAAGCACAGACUAAAUGCACACGGGCAUCCCAGAGCUGUGCUAACUGAGGGGUCUGGGGUCAGCACUGAAGAGUCGCAUGAGGAAGACUGGCCCCUGGCCAUCCCCAGCCCAGAUGGGCGCGCCCUGAACGGUCUAAGAAGGCCCUGGAGGUUGGAACUGGCUGAUCUGGGUUCUGUACCAUUCACUGUGGGGUCUGUGCAUUUACAACACAGACACAUACACACUCACACAGAGAGAGAGAUCAGUACAUUGCUAUACUCAACAAUCAGAGUUAGCUUGUUAGAAAAGAAUCAGCCAGCUGUGGUAUUGCAUGCCAUUAAUCCCAGCACUAGAGAGGCAGAGACAGGAGGCUCUCUACAAGUUCAAGACCCCAUCUCAAAACAAGAAAAUAAAAAGAACCAUCCAGUUGGGC